UCUGUCAUGGCUGCUCACUGAUGCUGUUUGCUCCACAUGGGUAGAAAUAAACAUUUCGUGACUGACUGAGAAGCUCCGAAUCAGUUCGUUAGUACAGCGGUUUAUCGCAGGCUUUUGUCUGGGACCGUCCUGACUGAAGGCAGCAGCUCCAACCUGACUUUGGCGAGAACCAAAGGCGUUCAGUCAUGCCGCUGCUAGACGUAGAGACCGCGGUACUCCGAGGCUUUCUAACAGCCAGUGAAGCAGCGGAAUGGAAGCAGAAUAUCUUCAGUACUGCAGAGGCAGGUCCUCUGCUGGAGUCUCUGCUGGAAGGGGACUUUGAAGCAGUUCUGCUGAGCAUGCAAACCAUAGAGCUGCUCAAUGGAGAUGGCAGCUACCAUGAAGGGGAAGACAUCGAGUCCUACCUGGAGAGACAUGUACUAGGAUUCCUGACUGAUGGCACCAAUGAUAACCAGACCAACAGGGAGUUGGCAGUUUUGGCCUUGGCUGUCUCAUGUCUCCACAUGUUUGCCCAGAGUAACUGGACUGGUCCUCCGGUCUCCUUCAACAUCUGUGAUCUGCUGACCCCAGCCCUGUUCUCCUGUCAGGAGCCCCAGAUACUGGUUGAUGCCAUCCACUCCAGCCUGCUCCUGGAUGGAGAAUCUGUAUAUAGCCAGAUGGCCAAUCCAUUUCUCCUACUGCUGGCCAGGGUAAUUUUCACCAAGUGCUCUUCCAAGAUGGACGGUCUUCAGCUGCUGCCCUGGUGGACCCUUCGCUACAUUAACCUCCACCAGCAAAUUCUAGAGGCCCGUUCUCCACAACUGUUCAGCAUGGCCCAGAUCAGCAUGGAGAAAGUGCUUAAAUGCCAGUCUGUGUUGUCACAACAUAGAAACCUGGCUAUCCAAUUCCACCUUGAGUGUGUUUACACUAGUCUCACCUACUAUGAGUACCAGCCUGCCAAGGAACACAUCAAGAAGGCUCAGGAGCUCUCUGGGCUCAAUAUCAACAUGACUGGUGCUCUUGGUAAACGGACCCGUUUCCAGCAGAACUACUUGGCUCAGCUUGUUCUUGAGGUCAAAAGACAGAAGGAUCAGCCUGAUCAGAUGAUCGAUGAGGCAACUCCCACUCCCACAGCUCAGGCCAAUCUGCCCAAGGACUACAGUCUGGGUGAUGACACCCUGCUGGAUAAGAUCAAUUUAGCAGAGCCAGAUCAGUACGAGCUGCCUGACCUAAGUGCUGAGGAACAGGCCGUCAUCCUGGGUAUCUGCACUGACUUCCAGAAGAAUAACCCCGUCCACAAGCUAACAGAAGAGGAACUCCUGGCUUUCACAUCUUGUAUUUUGUCUCAACCGAAGUUUUGGCCCGUGGAAGUGUCAGCACUUUGCCUCAGGACGAAAUUGGAAAGAGGAAAAUCCCGGUGUGUUGAAAGAGCCAUGAUGCAAACCCAGGCUAUAGUAGAUCACUUUGAAGACAAGAGCUGUCCUGUGACUGAGCGCCUCAAAGUCUUCUACUGCUGCCAAGCACCACCCAGAUGGGUUGUCCAGAAACAGCUGGCGAGCCUGCUGAUGGAUCUCGGCUGCAUCAGUUCAGCUCUGCUCAUUUAUGAAAAGCUGGAACUCUGGGAAGAUGCAGUCAUCUGCUACGAGAGGCUUGGCCAACAUGGGAAGGCUGAGGAGAUUGUGCGCAGGGAGCUGGAGAAGAAGGAGACGCACAGUCUGUACUGUCUGCUGGGGGAUAUCCUGAGGGACCAUCAGUAUUACGACCGAGCAUGGGAGCUGUCAGGCCAGCGCAGCGCCAGAGCUAUGCGCUCCAAAGCCCUGCUGCACCUCCGCCACAAGGAGUUCCAGCAGUGCGUCGACUGCUUUGAGCAGUCGCUCAAAAUCAACAGCAUGCAGCUCGGUGUGUGGUUUUCCCUUGGUUGUGCCUACUUUGCCCUGGAGGGUUAUGAAGGAGCUGCUAAGGCUUUCCAGAGGUGUGUGGGACUGGAGCCUGAUAACGCAGAGGCGUGGAACAACCUUUCUACAGCUUACAUUCGACUCCAAAUGAAAAACAAAGCCUUUCGAACUCUGCAGGAAGCCCUGAAGUGUAACUAUGAACACUGGCAGAUCUGGGAGAACUUCAUCGUGGUCAGCACUGACAUUGGGGAAUUUGCUGAAGCCAUCAAAGCAUACCACCGUCUGAUGGACCUGAGGGAGAACUACAAGGACAUCCAGAUUCUGCAGAUCUUGGUCAGGGCAGUUGUUGCAAACCUCACAGACAGCCAGGGUGAGCAGGCAGGAGCCCUUCAGUCCAAACUGAAGGAGCUCCUGGGUCGGGUCAGUUCCCGCCACAGCAGUGACGCUGAGGUAUGGCAACAGUAUGCCCUGCUGUAUGGUGAUGGCCGCAGCUCCGACCCGGAGAACAACGAUAAGGCACUGCAGUUUCUGUCCAAGGCCCAUCGCUGUGAGGUUCAAGCGGGCGGGUGGGAGAAAGAACCUGCUGUUUUCAAGGAAGUGAUCAAACGAGCUGUCCACAUGGGAGAAGUGACACUGAGUUGCAGUGAGAAGAAGAAUAAUCCAACAGAAGCUCUUCAGAUGCUCUCCUCUGCCCGCCUCAGCCUCAGGAGUCUGGCCACCAAAGCCAAGCAAAUCCACACAGACGUGGCCACGGGUCAGAUCCACGCUGAGCUGCAGGACGGCGUUACUGCUCUGGAGCAACUCAUCACAGAGCUCCAAGAGCUGAGUGGGAAGCUGCGUGACCAGUCACAGUGACCAUGCAUGCCUAACACGCCCUUUUCCUGGCAAAAUGGAACGACUGUGGUUCUCAGGGCUCCGCGGACGUGCUCAACACAGGCUCUCCACCUGCAGUCCUCACCAGUGUAUCACUGAGCCCGUUAAAUAAACAAAGCCAAAGGACUUCCUUUGUAAUCAUGCUUUUAUACCUUAUAUCCACUUUAGAAUGUAAACAUUAACUGGACAGCAUCUUAAAAUAAAUGUUAACAAUUUGAAUACUUGCUUUUCAUUCUUUUUGUUGUGAAUUAAGUCAUAAAAUAAUCUUUAUCUUUGAGAAACAAAGUGAUCAGUUGUCAGAUUUUGAAGCUGCAUCUAUCAGAAUGUAACACAUGAAAAUGUAGUCAAAUAGACCUGAAGUGUGAAAAUGUGAUGGGAGCAGCAGGUUACUGUGUUUUAAUAUUAGAAAGGGGGAAAAUCGACCCGCUAUUCCAACCUCUCUGAAAAACUGCUGACCUCAUUCAAAUCGUAACAACAGACAAGUGUUUGUAUCUGUUAUCACUGCAAUGAGGUGCUACAAAUAUGUAACGCAUCAAAACUGGGAUUUUAGGCUUUAUAACCAGCAAAUACGAGGUUAGCACUAAUGCUAACCACCCUGGAAUAAACAAAGUUGUGUACCUGAAGCUUUGUUGUCUUUCCCAUUCUGUUAAUAAUGCAUGUAUCCAUCCACAUACAUCAUAUUUGCCACAUGAGGCAGUGGAGUGCUCUUUCUUCAGCUACCAAAAGCCAGCUUGGUUAACAAGUUGCAUACGCAACUUUAUCAAUACAACACACAGACACAGAGACUGCUAAUUAGUAACAGAUAAAAUGCUGUAAAUGUACUCGUCAGCGCUGAAGCACAGAUGUUUUUCACACAGCCACAUUAUUUGCUAUACAAUUAACAUUAAAAAUGAGCCAAAAAGCAGCAGUGGCACAGCGGUGGAGAGAUCCAGUUCAGUGACUCAUAUUAACAGAGGUGAGGCCACAAAGUGAUAUUUACAUAAAUGGCACCAAAGUGUCCCAGCAGAAUGUUCCAUUAAAAGGUGAUCAGGAUUAUUUACCCAUUAGUGCUUUUAGUGUAAAUUUGUUACAGAAUAACCCAAAGUGAUUGUGACUUUCUCUCAGUCCUGCAUGAAAAGGAUUCGAUUCUGCAUAUAACAGGAGAAACUGCCCACUGGGGAAACAGACUUCUCCCUGAAUCUGCUUCCAAACCAGCCAAGCUUGCUGUCUGUAAGGUCGCCAUUUUGGACACGCUGUACUGUUUCAGACUUUAGUAGCUUUCAAACACCACCUCCACUUUGUGUGCUUAAAGUUUUAAAAGGGGCGAUUAAAAACCAGGAGCCUCGCUCUGAUGCUCAGAGAUUAUUUCCCAGCUCUCCCAGACACCGUGGGUGCACACACACACGCAUCCUAUUUCCCUUCAGUUCGUUCAGGGAGGAUCCCACAAUUUAUUUCCUCAACCAGAAGGAAAAUGACCUUGACAUUGCUCAGGGUUUUAUCUCCCUUCUUUUUUCACUAUAAUGUGUUUUUUUUUUCCUGGCUGUUCUAUCACAGGAGCCAGAGCCUCUGUUUUCAAAGUAUCACCUAUGCUGCCACAGCGAUAAGGACUGAAAGGACUUGUUUAAAGAUAGGGAUACAUGAAUGUUAUUUAUGAAGCCCCUGUAAAUGGAUGGUAUCAUGUGAGGAAGUGGAGCGCUGCGACAAUGUCAAAUGUACAGCCACUGGUUGGUGUUUGCACUCCUGCAGUUCCC